UGCUCAAUCCUUUUCAUAUCUUAAUGAAUAAAAUAUGUUUAAAAUCAAAUUAUAAAAUACCAUCGCACUUUUCACAGGAACUACAAAUUAGAGCUUUUUGAAAUUCGUCUUCAUGGGAAAAUGCAAUACCAUGUAAUGCAGUAUCAGAUUCAUCCACUCUCAACUUUCAGUUAAGCAAAUACUUAUAUAUUCUUACACAUAAUUGACAUGCAUGAAACUCUCGUUGCAUUUUCUUAUGGAACUUCAAAUAAGAACUUCAUGAAAUUUGUCAUCAGUCUUCAUGUCAACAUACUUAAAUGUGCAAUGUGUUUAUCAUCGCUCAUCAACUUAACUUACCGAUCUCUUAAAGCGGGGAUAUCAUUAGUCAGCAGUAGCUCACAGUUUUGCUUGUAAUAUCAUGUAUAAACUAUGUUGACGCAUUGAUGAUAAAGCCUUUCUGUGAAAUUAACACCAACUUUAUUUUUCAUAUUUUAUUCAGGUAUUUGAUGUGCACAUCAUGUGAAGCUAAAAACGGCUUUACUCCAGAAUAUUGUAAAUCCCUUGGACUCAUAACUGGACAUGCCUACUCACUUCUAGAUGUUUUUGAUAUGGACACUGGAGAAAAAUUGUUGAAAAUUAGAAACCCAUGGGGCAGUGAAUCAUGGAAAGGCGAUUGGAGUGAUAGCUCUCCUAAAUGGCAGAAAGUAAAACCAGAGAUCAAAAAGAAACUUGAUCCAGAUGGUAACAAGCAUGGAAUAUUCUGGAUGGAAUUCAAGGAUUUCAGAAAGCAUUUUGAUGAUGUAGACAUUUGCAAAACAAGAGACUGGCAAGAAACAAGAAUCAAAGGAUCUUUUCCAUCAACUGCUGAUGGACCAUGGAUGUUUGUUACGGUUUAUGUACAGAAGAAAACUGAUCUUUGUAUAGGACUACACCAAAAGAAUAAAAGAGGUAAAAGCAGCAACGAGGACUUUGUUGACAUGCUAAUAGUGGUGAUGGAAAUUUUGGAUGGUAAAAAGCUGAGAACUGUUGUUCAUAUUAGUAAGAGAGAUAUCGAAAGUUAUGUAGGAUGUGAAAUUGAACAUCUGGAAAGUGGAGAAUACAAUAUUGCAUGUCUAGCUUUUAAACAUUUAGAUGGAGGAAAACAUGGAAGUCAUGUCCAGCGUGAUUUUGUCCUGACAAUACACAGUACACAGAAUAUUGUUGUAGAAGAGAAUGACUAUAUUAGUGCUGGAUACACACAUUAUCUGGCAGAUACCUUGAUACAGUUAGUAGUCGAUGAAGGAAAGCAAAAGAAUUUGAAGCAGACUAAUGCUGACACCUACUCCCUUUCACUGGACGGAAAUAUAUUCAUUGUUGAAAAUAAAAACGAAAAGCAGUAUACUUCAAUACAGGAAGACUUUUCAAACUCAAGAAAUCUGAUGAGCACCAGGGGUUUUAUGUUUACACAAGAUGUAAUACCACCCGGACAUAGACAGCUGAUAUGUUUAUUGACUAAAAUAGACAACAGAUCCGGAUACAGUUACCACUCUACUUCAUCAUACAGAAAUAGUGAUUCGUCAACGUUGGAACACUAUGGUGACAAGACAAAAAGCCAUAAACCAGAGAUUUCAAGGGAAUUAGAGUGCCUACAUAUUCCUAGACCUAUAAGAUAAUUUGCUUUGUAGAAUCCAUCAGUUGGGUUAAAAUGAAAUACGUUUUUAUCUGGUUUUUCUUCUUCAUCAUAAUAAGAAAACUCGUUUACAAAAUCGAAUUUUGAGUUUGUAUAAUGUGUGGUGUACCAAUUUCAAGGUAAUUAUGUGGAUGUAAACAAAUUAUUUGAUGGCCACAUGAUUGAAAAAUGUUAGUAUUAAAAUUGAUUAUACGAUUUUGGUUAACAAUGUUACAUAUUUAGUAAAAAUGCUUUAAUCUUAUUUUCAUGCAUCUUACAAAAAUAUCACAAUCACACUGGAUGAGAGCAACCUCACUUAAUAUUAUUAUAAUCGAAAGAGAAAUCAAUGUUUCUACGACAUAUAUAUAUACUAUAUAAAGGUGAUGCAUCUUCCAAUGGGCUAUUCCAGAAAUAUUCUGUCCCCCCCCUAUGGAAGACAUAAGAUGUAAAAAAAAAAUCCAUGGAAAUAUUUUUCACCAUUACCAAAAUUUUCUGGAAUUCCAGAUUUUUAACGCAGUAUAAAACUUAAAUAUACUGGAAUUUUUCUCAUGAUGCUGUCAAUUUGUCUGGAAAUUUUAGUGUAAAGAUUAGAAGCAAUACCUAUGGAAGACAUCGAUUUUAUUUCUUUUGUCUGGAAUUUAUCUGGGUUUUUUUCUAAAUGUGCCAAAAAAACUGGAAUUUUAUACUUAGUAAGUAACAUAUAUGCAGCCGUAACCAAAAGAAGUGUGUUUAAAAGUUAAGCGCAAACAAAUCCCUGACUAGAAGAACUGUUAGCCAAUAUGUUUACCAGUGUAUAUAAAGUCUUGUCAUUGCAGACAAAUACACCACUAUCCCAGGAGAAUUUGGAUCCAGCACAUACAUUUUUUUAACCUCGCUGCAUAUAUUUUCUAUAUAUAUAUAUAUAUCUGUCCCAAGUCA